UUUUGGCAACACUCUGCCUUUUUUCGGCUUCUUUUACGGCCUCGGUGUCCCGAAUCUACCCAACACUCAUCACCUCUUUAAGAGAAGCUUCGAGCCGGGCUCGAACUUGCGCAGACUAUGGCAUAGUUUUUAUCGACCAACAUGGAAGGAAAUGCUUAAAGACCUUCCACGAGACCACGACUACUCGCAAUGUUCGAACGAUGUUAGGACUUCCGGUUUAAGCGUUAUAUAUAGACCAUCCAAAAAGUUGUUUUUGUAGUUUGGGAGUUGUUGUGAUAGCGAGGCUUUAGGCAACACCAUAGGUGAGGUGAGAGAGUUGUUUGCUGUUACACAGAGUUGAUAUAUGACUAAGCGAAAUUUGCCAAAUCCGGCGUGGCCCCUUGUCACCAGCAUAACCUUGCCCAACACGGACGACAGACUUGACCACUACCAAAUGCAUGUUCAGAACACCUGGUGAACGUGCUUGUCUCUAAUUGAAUCGGUUUCUCCCUUGUACCUUUUGGCUAGGCCGCACAUCUCAUAAGCCGUUACCUACAGCGACUUGGACCAAAGGCGAUCGGACGUCGUCUGUUGUCUCCCUCCGACAACUGGGGAACAACACAUCAACACAACAGCUCCGACAACCUUUGUUAGCGACUCGUUCUCCUCACAAUAGCUGCGCCUUUCAACGAAAAAAUGGAGACUUUCCAAAUCCAGAACCUAAGCGUAGACCUGCUCUACAUCAUAUUCUCCCAGCUUCAAGACGACAAACCGUCGCUACACAACCUAACGCUAUCAUGCCAUCUCUUCCGCAACAUAGCGCAGCCGUUCUUUGUCAGGAACGUCACUCUAUCCUACAAGGUCAAUAGCUUCUGCACAAGCUUGUUUCUGCGUACCCUGGAACAACGACCCGAUCUCGCUGGUCACGUGCAUCGCCUGCAGCUAGAUUUGAUACGCGAAAGCAGUCAUAUCAUUGAGGAAGUGGAGGAAAUACAACGAAUGGUGGCACGGCUGACUAAUUUGCGCGUGUUUCGGUAUAGUUCGAUCGACUACAAAAUUUGGCACUACGAGCUCGCAUUCCCUUUGAUUCCCUCUCCGACAAACCUUUUCAACUCCAUCCACAGAGUAGAAUGGCACCACAACAUGACAUUCGAAACGCUCUCUCAAUGCAUGAGCCUCCCCCAUAUCGAAACUAUAUAUUGCCGCGAGCUCUUCUGCGACCCCAGCGACCCUAGCGACCCCAUCAUUCUGGAUGCAACAAAAGGCUCCUCUUCUGUGACAGACCUGAGUAUCGGGUCCUACGUUGGUCUGUCCAUCGCAGUAUUACAAAAGAUCUUGGAAUUGCCACGGGCGUUGCGCAAACUGAAGAUCGACAUCACUAGUCACUUGUACAUUGGGGUUCCGCCGCACAAGCUCGCAACGCUGCUUUAUUCUCUCCAGGAUGUGUUGGAGCAAUUGACGGUCGUUGUGGUCAAAGGUGCUCGGGGCCCUGCGACCGAGCUGGCCGAUCUCUCAGGAUUCUCGUCGCUGAGGUCGCUUACGCUCCCGUAUGGCUAUAUUAUCGCUGGGCAAAAUCGGGAGGAUAACGCGUUGGAAAAGUAUCUGCCGCCUUUUUUGGAAGAGUUGACGUUGUCGCGUGCUCCUGUAGAAGCAUUAGACGGCCCUCUGUCCAAUCGCAACGGCGAUAUACAUGCGGGGCGCCUGUCGCGCGUUCGAAUAACCCUGAUUCCUUAA